AUGAUCCCUCGUCGGGUACUGAAGCCAUAUGCGGCUGAAUUUCUCGGGACAGCCCUGCUAAUCGUCAUCGGGGAUGGAGUUGUCGCCCAAUGCCUGCUAUCCGACUACAACUACGGCACCUGGCUGUCCAUCAACCUCGCCUGGGCCGCUGCCGUGUGUCUCUCUGGCUAUUUGUCUGAUCCAAGCCCGACCAUAAACCCGGCCGUGACUCUUUGUCUUGCUCUUGUGCGUCCAUCUGAAGGACAGUGGAAACAAAUCCCAGGCAAGCUGGCUGCGCAGUUCCUAGGCGGGUUUGUCGGCGCUGCCAUCGUAUAUAUCAACUACCGUUCGGCUAUCAAAGCUUGGGAUCCCGAAUAUACCAUCCCAGGCGGAUCGAUCCUAAGCCCGGUCGGUCACCAUUCAGCGGGUAUCUUCUCGACCUACCCCGGUGCCUUCUUCGAGUCGAACUGGGAGGCUGUAUUUUCUGAGAUGCUGGGCUCAGCUGUGCUGAUGUUUGGCUCUCUCAGUAUCUCUGAUCCGGGAAAUGCCCAUCGAUUCCCUGCUCCACAGCUCGCUUCCUUUCUGCUGCUGCUUAUGAUCGGAGCCGCAUUGGGCUGGCAGACCGGCUACGCCAUUAACCCAGCUAGAGACUUUGGUCCGAGAUUGUUCUCUGCUAUCGUCUAUGGCCGUGAGGUGUUUACGGCGGCCAACUACUACUUUGUUGUUCCCCUCUUCGCCCCUAUUGUUGGCUGUGUUGUAGGCGCGGCGACUUACGACGGGAUGCUGUUCGAGGGAGAGGGAUCGCGCGUUGCCGAUGCGCUGGAUAAAGUCGAGGAUCACGGGUCUCUUCGACUGCAGUGA